AUGAACAACCAACCGCCAUUGCCUUCCGGCCCGACCCCAUAUGGCGCUCAAGAUCCUCAAGCUGCUCAUGCCGCAGCCUGGGCGGCGUAUUAUCAGUCGCAAGGGAUGGGAACCCCCGCUGCAUAUCCAGGUGCCGCACCAGUCCAACCUACUCCAGCUCCCACAGGAGGUACCACACCCGGCACCGUCGCAGCAGCCACACCUAAUCCUUAUGCAAACUACGGUUACGGUGCACUCGCCAUACACGCUCGUCCAUUCCCUUCUUCCGGUCCAUCCUUCCGACCACCCCAAUAUGGACCACAACAACCUCCCGUAGCUGCAGCACCACCUGCCAUCUCGGCCGCACCUACCACUUACACCGCCGCUCCCCAAUACAAUGGUCCUGGUCAAGUUUACAACCCACCGGGUACAACGACUUAUCCGACCACUUCACCCGGUCCGACAUACAAUACUCCUUCUCCUGGAGGAUGGCAGGGUGGUCCCCAACCUCCUCAACCGGGUUUCAGACCUCCAGGUGGUCCAGGUUUCAAUCCGUCUUCCAACUUUCGUCCUCGUCCACCAUUCGGUGGUGGUUUCCGACCUGGUCUAGGACAAAAUCAACACCAACAUCCGAACCAACCUAUUCAUGGUGGUCCUGGUAUCGGAUCUCAACGUCCACCAUUCCAACCUGGAUCUGUACGUCCUGGAAUAGGUGGUAGACCACCUAUGAACAAUCCUCCUGGUAAUUUCCCACCCGCCAAACGACCUCGAUUCGACGGUCCAGCUGCUCCCACUGGACCGGCAUCACAUCAACCGGGUGGACCACCUCAACAAGGUAUGCAGAGUAUGCCAGGUAUUCAUGUUGUGCCAGGUGUACAAGGUGUACAAGGUAUGCAAGGUGGAGUUGGAGGGAUGGGUGGUAUGGGAGGUAUGGGAAUCGGUGUAGGUGUAGGACCUAUGAAUGCUCCAAAUCCUAAUCCUAACCCACCUCGUCCUCGUCCUAAUCAGAAUUUCCGUCAGAAUCAAAAUAUCAUGCGUGUAGGAAAUUCCCAACCCGUUCGUCCCUCUAUCAAUCUAGGACCGGGGGCGAAUAACCUCCCUCCUAAUCCUUUUACAGGGACAAGGGGUAUCGUUCGUAAUGUUAAUCAAGGUCCUGUGAAUGCUCCAAAAGGUCCGAGUGGACAGCGCAGAGAUAGAAAAGAUAGAGAGUCUACUCCGAAGAGAGAGAAAGAGAGGGAAAAGAGAAGAAGGGAAGGAGAUAGGGAAAUGAAAACUACAAUGACGGAUUUCAGGAUUGUGGGGAUUGAAAUGAGUUCGCUGGGUUGGAAAUGGGGUAUGACUUCUGAUGAGAUGAGUCAAGAGGAGAGUUUGAUAACCACUGCGACUGCGACUGCUCAGCAGGUGAAAGAGUCAGAAAGUGUGAAAGAGAAAAUUGAAUCUGUUCCGAGUGUCAAACAAGAGAAUGAAAAAGAGAUCGAAGGGUUGAAAGUGUCUAAAGAUGGAAAGGAAAUCAAUGGUGAAGUCGAGGGAUCGGGGAUCGAAGAGGUUGAAGGGGUGGUCAAAUCUGAACAAGUUGAUUCUAACGUUGGAGAAGGAGAAAAAGCUGGAUCAAAGAGAAAAGCAGAGACUCCGGGUACCGAUGGGGACUCUUCCGCAUCACCCAAAAAACGUCCAGUUUAUUUAAUGACACAUAAUAAACUCAAUACCGAGUCUUCUUUCGAUAACAACCAAAACCGUUUCAGGAUUUACUUUGAAUCUCCACCAGAGCUUGAUCGUAUUCCUAAAGCUCUUCGUAGAGGUGGGACGAGUGCUCCCAGUGGGUCGGGUAAUCCCAAUAAGAGAGGAAGGAGGGAAAGUAGUAGUGUCGUUCCUGAUUCCGGAAAUGUUGAUCCUUCGCUCGUCGUGGAACCUUCUCUUGUCGCUGGAUCCGAGAAUGGUGUGAAAGUCGGAGAUGUGUCUGAAAUCGGUGUGAAUGUUGGGAUAAUCUCUGAGACGACUGUCAAUGUUGAGAAUACCACUGAGACCGUUAAAGAGGAUCAACUCCCUCCGACAGAAAACCAAGGUGAAGCCCAGGGCGUUGUAGAGAACUCAAGUGACAAUAUCGAGAUUUCCGUUUCUGGUGAUACCGAGCAGGUAGAGGUUCCCCUUUCUGUACCUGCAAUAAGCGCAGAAGAAACCACCUCUCAAUUGCAAGAAACCAGUCUCGUUGUCCAAGAUGAACAAGUGAACGGCGUGAGUCAAGAUACAAGAACCCAACAACCCGUCCAAUCUGAAGUCGAAGGAGAAGAAAAUCCAGGUGAUAUCUCAAUGCAAUCCAUUCCUGAUCCCAAUUCACUCCAAGUAGAAAACACCACCACCGACGUACCUAAAGUUUCUGUGGAUGGAUCAAUCGAUCAGACAGCUUCGGAGAUCAAACAAAACGAAAAUAUUCAAGAAGAAUCAGAUAUACCUCGUACUAGACAUUCUAGUGUAUCAAGUUUCGAUGAUGAUAUUCCACAACCUUCACUUAAUAGGUUGAGUAUAUUAUAUGAAGAUAGUAGUAGGAGAUUAUGUCUUGAUGCUGAGAUUGUUGAGACUGUUAGGGUGUUUAGGGGGGAAGGGAAGAUUGAGGUUGUUUUGAAGGUUGGGGUUCGGGAUGGGGAUGGGAUUGGGGUUGGGGGUCAGGAUGAGAAGAAUAAGUUUGAGGGGAAGGAAGGGAAGGAUGGGGAAGGAGAAAAAGGAGAAUUACCAAAGGGUAUUCUGGUUGAAAUGUAUGAUCCGACAGAUCAACGAUUCAUCUCAGUCCCAUGGUCCAAACUCCAUUCCACAUAUUCUCUAACAUCUUUCGAUUCAUUACCUCCAUUCCAUCUCCUCUCCGAACUUACUUCUCAAUCUUCCAUCCAAACAUCGUCGUCCAAAACGAAAUCAACCACAUCGAAAGAAGAAGGAAUAAUCCUAACCGUUCACCUCAAUAAAAGAAGACCAUUAUCAGAACCUAAAUGGUGUCGAAAUAAUUCAGCCGAUGAAUGGUUAAUCGAUCAAUUCCCUUUUCUAUCAUCUUCCAUAUCCCCAUCUAAUUCAUCUUCUUCACAUUCACAUUCUCAUUCCACAGGAUGGUUUGGUAAAUUAGAAAUAGUAGAUCCUGAUCCACCUCCUACUCUCGAGACGAUCUUAGAAACUUGGUCUACGACUUCGACCUCUGGAACAAAUUCGACAAGAGAAGAAUUCGUAAAAUCUCUCCUUGAGAAUCCAGGGGAUAUGUUAGAGAUUUUAUUACGUUUAACAAGAGGUGAUAGGAAUCCUCCAGUUCCUAUUAAAUCCACUUCUAUCCAUAUCGAGAAUAAUAAAUCGAAAAACGUUCUUUCUUCCAAAACUCAAAAACCGACUCCCAAUGAUAAAGAUGUCAAGGUCAAGAAUAGUGAGAACGAACUCUCGAAUGAUGAGAUGGAAAAGGAUAAAGAGAUAAAGAAGAAAUACGAAUCAAGUUUGAUCCGUUCCGAUUCUCCAUAUACUUCACAUCAAACACAUGUUUCUUUAGCCGUUUUAGCAAUGUUCAGAUUGACGACUGAUUACGCUAAGAAAGUGGGUGAAGAAGAAGUAGAAAAAGUUUGGGAGAAAGUUGAGGAUAUAGUAAGGAGUUUACCAUCGAGUAUGAUCAAUAGGAGUUUAGAAGGUAUGUUUAAAGAAUGGUCUGGAUAA